AACACUAACUUGAAGACUGUGGCCAUUCUUCCAGUAUCGCGAAAUGUCCCUAUAGACACCUUUGCUCGGAAACUGAAGACUGCGUUGGAAGUGAUGGGCGCCAAGACAUCGUAUAUGAACCAAGCCUCUGUGUCAAGUCAUCUUGGCCGUCAUGCAUUCUCUCGUAUGGGCACACUCAAAGCUGCAGCUUGGCUUGCAGACAAGGAGCAAAGAUAUAGAACAGUGCUUUAUGUCGCUGAUUCACCUGUA